CCAGGUGGGGGUGGCACGCGUCUGUAGCGACGGACACGGCGAGGAGACGUGGCCACGAGCGGACGGAUACGGUGGCGAGACCUGUUGGUGGGCGGACGGACACGGCGGGGAGACUGGAAGCGAUCGGACGGAUACGGUGGGGAGACUGGCAGCGAGGGCACGGAUACGGUGGCGAGGCUGCCGGCGAGCGAACGGAUACGGUGGCGAGACUGCUGGUGAGCGGACGAAUACGGUGGCGAGACCAGUAACGAACAGACCGAUGCCGUGAGGGAUCGGCCAGAGGCCAAACGGACGAAUACGGUGGGGACACGGACUAGCGAGUGGACCGGAAGCGGCGGAAAGGCUGGUCGCCGAGCGCGUGGACGCAGUGGACAGUCCACCGUUUCCUGUUCGCGGUGACUCCGGAAGUGGACGUUUGGGAGACUGCCGCAACUAUUAACGCUGGAAACGGAGAAGACGGUGAACGGCGCUGCACCUGCGGGGAAGGUGACAAUAUCAGCUUCGCUUUGAGGUAUUUGCUUAUGGGGCGUGACGCGUGAGGCGUGAGACGAGGCGUGAGCAGCGGCGUGAGAGGGCCGCCACCGUCCGCUGCGCGCACUGCGCCGGCAACUCCGACGCCCGCCAGUCGGCAGGAAGCUAGCACCGGCGACUGCAGCGUACGUGCGGUAGUGGCGAAGGCACCGCCGCGGACGGCGCGCGGGCGACGGCGUGUGGCGAUCGCAUACAGGAACAGCGGAGCGGGAAGUGAGGCGGUGUAUGCCGACAGUGCAGAGGCGGCGGCGGUGGUGGGUGAAAACGACGGUGAAUGGGAAGCGCGCAGACCGAAACUGACCUGUGAAUGGGACUCCGUGGCGGCAUCAUGGCAUUCGUGGCGGCGGGGAUCGUAUUGUUCGUCGCGGGAUUCGACUGCGCGAACGCUUGUCGCCUAGGGACGCCGGGGGAGCCGUCCCGGUUCGAGCGAGUGCCGGAGAGUCUGGAGCCGGGAACCCACGUGCUCGUGUUCGAGGUGGACGGAGCCGACCGGCUGACACUGCGACCCAUCUCCAAGGACGAAGACUUCACCGAGUUUUUCCGACCGGCCAUGAUCACCAACGACACCGGUGGCGUGGUGGUGGCUCAGCCUCUGACGUCAUUGGUUCAACGCCGUGAGCCCGUGUCGGUCGUCAAGUUCCGCGUGCUCUGCGAAAGCCCGUCGCCCUUCACAGGCUCGGACUCGCUGCUGGUCACACUCUACAUCGAAGACGUCAAUGACCAUCCCCCGGUGUUCGUCGGUGACCCAUACCAGGUCACUGUAGACGAACUCACCCCAAAAGGAAUGGUGAUUUACGACGGCAUCAUGGCAAAGGACAAGGACAAGGCCAACACCGCUAACAGCGACAUCUACUACUGGAUAUCGAACGGCAACGAGAAUCUGAAGUUCAGCUUGUCGCCGCUACCCCGAGGCGGCGCUGCAGUCGUACUCGAGAAACCGUUCGACUUUGAGAACGGCGACAGGGAAAUGAAUUUAACCAUCACAGCUUCGGACCGCGGCGCCCCGGCCCGUCUAAGCCGGGCUCAGCUGACGAUCUCAGUCAAGGACGGUGACGACCAGCCGCCCCUUUUCACCGCUGCCAUCUACCGGGCCAGCGUCACCGAGUAUCCCGGCCCCCAGAUGAGAUCCCUUCAGCUCCUUCUGCGCACGGAGCCACCAAUCCUGGCCUACGACGGCGAUCUGGCAAUCGACCAGCGGCUUAACUACCGUAUUCGAUCUGGCAACACUGGGCAACAUUUCAGCAUGGACUCCGCCACCGGCGCCCUGACGCUGGUGAAACUUUCGACCGCGAGCAGUUAG